CCCGCCGGGGCUGAGGGGCUGCCGGGGCGCCCCGCAGCGCGGCCGUGAGCGGCAGGAUGAGCGCUCCCGCCCUGCUGCCGCUGGCCGGGCGCAGGCUGCCCGCCCUCAACCUGGGCGCGUCGUCCUUCCCUCACCACAGGGCUACCCUGAGACUGUCGGAGAAAUUCAUCCUGCUCCUUAUCCUGAGUGCCUUCAUCACGCUGUGCUUCGGGGCGUUCUUCUUCCUGCCAGACUCCUCGAAGCACAAACGCUUUGACCUGGGGCUGGAGGACGUGCUCAUCCCUCACGUGGACACCAGCAAGGGGGGCAAGCACCUGGGAGGCUUCCUGAUCCACGGGCAGGGGCACGACGAGCACCGGCACAGAGAAGAAGAAGAGCGUCUGAGAAAUAAGAUCCGAGCAGAUCAUGAAAAAGCCCUGGAAGAGGCAAAGGAGAAAUUGAAGAAAUCGCGUGAUGAGAUUCAAGCUGAGAUUCAGACUGAGAAGAACAAAGUAGUGCAAGAACUGAGAAAGAAAGACAGCAAGCCACUGCCCCCUGUUCCUUUACCAAAUCUUAUAGGGAUAAACAGUGGAGAACCAGCAGACCCAGAUAUUCGAGAGAAGAGGAACAAAAUCAAAGAGAUGAUGAAGCAUGCCUGGGACAAUUAUAGGCAAUAUGGAUGGGGACAUAAUGAGCUCAAACCAAUUGCCAGGAAAGGACAUUCCACCAACAUAUUUGGAAACUCACAAAUGGGUGCUACCAUAGUAGAUGCACUGGAUACUCUUUAUAUAAUGGGGCUUCAUGAUGAAUUCCGAGAAGGACAAGAAUGGAUUGACAAGAAUCUUGAUUUCAGUGUGAAUUCUGAAGUAUCUGUUUUUGAAGUCAAUAUUCGCUUCAUUGGAGGCCUUCUAGCAGCGUACUACCUUUCAGGCCAAGAGGUUUUCAAGAUCAAAGCAGUGCAGCUGGCAGGAAAACUUCUUCCAGCCUUCAACACGCCUACGGGUAUACCAUGGGCAAUGGUAAAUCUGAAAAGCGGUGUGGGUCGGAACUGGGGCUGGGCUUCUGCAGGCAGCAGCAUCCUUGCUGAGUUUGGUACUCUACAUAUGGAAUUUGUCCACCUAAGCUAUUUAACAGGAGACCCGGUAUAUUACAACAAGGUCAUGCACAUUCGGAAGUUACUCCAAAAAAUGGAUCGUCCUAAUGGACUUUAUCCAAAUUAUUUGAACCCAAGAACAGGCCGGUGGGGUCAGCAUCACACGUCUGUGGGCGGGCUGGGAGACAGUUUUUAUGAAUAUUUAUUGAAAGCCUGGCUUAUGUCAGACAAAACGGACACAGAAGCAAGAAAAAUGUACGACGAUGCCAUUGAGGCCAUAGAAAAACACCUAAUCAGAAAGUCCAAUGGAGGACUGACCUUCAUUGGAGAGUGGAAGAAUGGACACCUUGAGAGAAAGAUGGGCCAUUUGACCUGUUUUGCAGGAGGAAUGUUUGCCCUUGGAGCAGAUGGUUCCCGAGAUGACAAAGCUGGACAUUACUUGCAACUUGGAGCUGAAAUUGCACAUACUUGUCAUGAGUCAUAUGACAGAACAACAUUAAAGCUGGGUCCAGAAGCAUUCAAAUUUGAUGGUGGUGUAGAGGCAGUGGCAGUGCGUCAGAAUGAGAAGUAUUAUAUCCUAAGACCAGAGGUGAUUGAGACCUACUGGUAUAUGUGGAGAUUCACACACGAUCCCAAGUACAGGCAGUGGGGCUGGGAGGCAACACAGGCAAUUGACAAGUAUUGCCGAGUUAGUGGUGGCUUCUCUGGCGUCAAGGAUGUCUACUCAUCAUCUCCUACAUAUGACGACGUACAGCAGAGCUUUUUCCUUGCUGAAACAUUGAAGUAUUUGUAUCUGCUUUUCUCCAACGAUGACCUUCUCCCGUUAGACAACUGGGUUUUUAACACAGAAGCUCAUCCCCUGCCUGUUUUACAUUUAGCAAACACCACACUUUCAGGAAAUCCUGCUUAUCGAUAAAAUCAGCUCUAAGAAGAGGAAGAGAGACUUUUCAGCUGUUUUGUUUACAUGGAUCAACUGAGACUUUAAGCAGGAGAGGAGAUGGACACUUGAUAAAUCUUGACUUCUGAGUCAAGUACAGGCGUGAGAAACAAAGCUCUUCGACAUAUAGAUGAGUAAAACUGAAACAAAGUUCUGUUUUAUAUAUGACCAAAACACAGGUGUGGUAUUUGCAGGACAGAGACUUCAAGUGCUUUGAACCCUAGCAAGAAAUGGAAUCUACUGUCUAAAAUAAUGCAGCAGCGUGAGGAAGAAGAGCCUUUCCUGUUUAGGGACAGGAACUUGCAGCUGCUGCUGUUGGCUGUUUUAAGGCACAGCAUACCAGUCAUCUCUUCAGUUCGGGUGGGUUCCAAAUACUUUGAUUCUUUUUCUUUUUCUUUUUGUUUGAUGAUGGCAUGAACAAAGCAACAACAAAAAGCAACAUCACUGCACCAGCAGCAUCAGGAUUUGAAUUUUUUUCUGUACCUGUCUGAAUUUUCUAAGGAACAUCAGUUUGCCCAGACUGGCAGCCAUUCUUGGGGCCUUCAAACUAUAAAAACUAAACUAUAAGAGCUAUUACUUUCUCAUUUUCCUUUUCAAAGCAGUGUUGAAGGUUCUGUGUUGUGUGCUCACACUCAAAAAAGCAAUGAAUAAGCAUUUGGUUUGUAGUUUGCUGUCAACAACAAAGGCUUAGCUCAUUUUGCAAGUUGUGGUUAGAGUGUGGAGCAUAACACUGGGGUGGGAUAAGAGACUAAGCGUUCUUUCUUCAUAAAUCCCAUCACGUGGGAAGUCCACAUUUUCUUGUUUUUCUUGUUUCUUCUGGUCAAGUUUGCAAAGAUAAAAACUUGAGAACGGUCUCAUAACUUAUAUAGCAAGGUACAGGAUACGACAUUUAAAAGUGCUUCCCUUCAACUAAGCAGCAGGAGUUUGUUGUUUUAUGUUUUUCCACGCAAUUUGGAUUUUUCCUGAACAUUAAUUUCACUCUUUGGGUAAUAUUCACAGAACCUUAUUUGAAGGUUUGAAAUCCUAUCUUAUCAUAUUUCUGUGUAUGACAGAAGCCAAGAACUGCCUUUGAUUUAGUUUAGAAAACUCCUUUCCGUUUGGGUGACCUGCAACAGUGCAAAGCCAACGUGAUUGUCUUUGAAAACAACAUCUCUUACACAUGAGUGGAAAAAGAAACUGCAGAUUCUCUUCAAUUAGUUGAUAAGAAAUGAGAUGCUGUUUCCUUUUUUUUUUUUUUCCCUUGAGUACUCAAAGGCUGGAGUAGUUCAAAUACUUUGAAAUUGGGCUGGACAGUAUCAGUUGAGCCGCAGUCUUCACAAUUUUUGCUAAAGGAAAUUUAGCCUUUUCAAGUAUCUCUUCAUUGAUCAAUAUUUUUUUUUUUAGUGUUGUUCCAGAAUCCUUACAGCUUGCAUAAUUAUUUUUACUCCCCCUUAUAGCUCUCACAUCCGUUUGCCACGGUGACUGGCAUUUGUGCUGGAAAAGAGCAGUGAGGUGCUUCUUUCCCUCCUAAUUUAUGCAUGGGUUAAAUCUUUCAAGAAUUCUGAUUGUCUUCAAACUCAAGUGAGUGAAUGAAUUGUCUUUAGUGAACUACAGCAGUGCAGCACCAUGUCUAGAGGGACUGAAUACCCUCUCCCCCUAAAGAAUGUUUAUAUAUGAAAUUUCGUAUAUAAAAACCUUUUCCCAAUAUCACAUUAUAAUUUUUCUGACUAUACAUUGAAAUAGGAUUUCCCAUAGUAUUUUUCCUCACUUCUCUUUGACAGUAAUUUAUACAUAGCAUUUUUUCCUAGGUCAAGUGAUUAUUUCUAUCAGACUCUGUCCUCCAGACUGUCGCUUUGGUUUGAGAGGAGGAAGACACAGACCUUAGAAAACAAUCUGAUAUCAACAUUUUUGCCUUCAUACCAAUUACUUAGUUAUUGUAUUUGCAGCAGUAUCUUAAAAAUAAUUUGAGAGCUGAUAAAGUAAUUGAUGUAGUAAAUAAUACUGAUUCAAGCAAUUGUUAAGUGAGAAGUAUCUUAGUAAAUGGUUUCUUCUUAUUAGUUGCACAUUAAUUAAUUUCUUUUAAAUCUCUCUAAGUAACAAGUAGAAAUAAGGAAGAUAGAUUCCUCUGUUGUUUUUUCUUUCUUUUUUUUUUUUUUUAAGAGUGAGAGAAAAAGCACUUUCCAUCCUAGGCUGUCGUCAUACACCUCCUGAUAAAUGCAGAUGUAGAAUGGCUGCCAGUCUGUUCAGAGAAAAAAUUCUGUCGGAGUCCCAGAAACAGCAAAUUUCUUACCAUUAUUGGGUGCUCUGCCACAUCCCCCAUGUGAACUUAUGUGAACACACCCCUCAUGUGAAGAGUUACUAUUCAAAUUAAUUUCUCCUUGAAUCCCAGUGUGUUAAUUCACUGCCACAAGAAUGCUUGAAUUGAGGACCUAAGCCAUUUCAUGUUAUGGGAUGGAAUUUUUCUCAGUACAGUACUGCUAUUUCUUCUUUGUGUAGACAAGCAGCAGGUACCAAAUAAAGGAUAUUUGUUUCUCAUUUUCCAGUUAGCCCAAAGUUUGUCAGUUUCUACUCCAACACUCUUUAAAAGGCAAACUUUCCUUUUCCUACAGAAGCUACAGAUCUCCAUCUAUUCAAAAUAGAUAUCUCCGUCUAUUCAGAAUAAUGUGUUUUAUGGACUUACUGCUGUGUCACUCUUAAAUCUCUCCAUCUUGAGAUUAUCUAGAGCAAGCCGAAAGUUUGGAGAUAAUGGAUUUUCACUGAGGCAUGUGUAGACACUAAACACGGAUCUGGAAACUUCUGUCUAAGUGACGUGCCCUUAGUCAGAGUCCUUCACAAAGGUUUUGAUCUGCUUAAUGGAAUUAUGUGUGGCUCACAGUUCAGACUCUGGGUUUUCCCUCAGUUUUCCCUUUGGGUGUAUAAGGUAUGGGUAGAGUAUUAUCACUUUCAUUCUGUUGCUUCUGUCUUACAUACUUACAUGAAGGUAGAGUGUGAAUUUAAGCACAAAAUGGCUUUCUAGUCCUAGUUGUUUCUGAAUCUUGCACCGUAUUCUCUAACAAAACAGUCCUCAUUUUCUUUAGGUAGAUGUCCCAUUUUAGCAAUUUCUGCAAUGCCUUCUCCUCUUACAGGAUGAAGUAAAGGAGAGAAAAUCAUGUACACUUUUGGCACACUGGAUUUGGGCAAGAGCCUGGAAACCCCAGAAUUGUCAAUAUCCUGUUUGCAUGCAGUCAAAACAAGGAUGCUGAGUUCUUUUCUGAAUCCAAGACACAAACUUGCCUAUUGGUCAGGAUCUGCCAGCAGUACAUUUUUUUCUAACACUUUACAGCCUGACAGAAGCCAAAUUUAUGCACUGGCCACUGUGGAGCUCUGUGUGUCCUGCAGUCCAGAAGUGAAUGUCUUAGCCUUGUCUUCUAAGAAUAAAACCUUUGAUAUACUGGGUGUUCAUUUUGCUGCACAACGUGGUCCUUAAAGUGGAAUGCUUAAAAAGAACGUGCAAUAUUCUGAGUAACCUGGAGCAAGGAGAAAAGCAGAUAGUGUAAUUCCCUGUGGCAUUCACACCUUUGAAGCUUCUUUAGCCCUCUACUCCGAAUUUGCAAAUGACCAUUUUUUACCUUUCGGUCACUGAGAUAUUCUCACCUGGAGCUCUACGAUAUUUGAAUGUCCAGUAUCUGGAGUUUUGAAAAGUGAAAGCAAUUACAUGCUCCCUAUAAUACCAUCCUGUAAGAUUAAAAGUAUAUGUUUCAUUGAUUUAUAACUAAGCUGUAUCUAACUGUCCUCAUUGAUACUCUCUUCUGUCCCUGAGGAAAUGUAUGGUAUUAUAAACCUUCAUAAUGUGACUCUUUCUUGUUUGAAUGGAGAGAUAGAUAAUAGCAUUAACAUUGAAAGGAUCAACAAUGUAAUCUAGCACCCACAGAAAAUGAGGAGGCAGCUUGCAUCUCAGGGCAGUAGUAACAGGCUUUUGGCAAAUUGUGCCUGUUACAUACAUUACUAAGUAGUCCGUGUUUUUAAGGGGACAAAUUACAAGGAGGCUUCUUGUUACCAGAGAAAAAUGCAAGCAAGCUCUUGAUCCACGUUGUAGCUCAGAGAUCUGUUUAGCCUAAGCCUUCCCUGUUUUGCUCCUUGAAUUCUGAGAAACAGUCUUCUGACUCAAGAGCUUGGGUUGCCAUACAAAGAGGAAGCCAAAGCUUUGUUGCAAGUUCUGUGCAUACAGCUGUAGCAGAGAUGAACAACACUAGCUGCUAAGGCUGUCGGCCCACUCUGACAAACUGCUCUGUAAUUGCCUGGAAAAGUUGAGAAUCACCGAAAUCGAAAAAGAAAGCCUGGCUCAUCACGGUGAAUUGUUGCCUUUAAUCCUAAUUGCCUGGUGGAAGUUGGUUUUGCAUUCUGCCUUUAUUCUUGCUUUGUUUGACAGAUUACUUUUCCUCCAAAAUAACAAAAGGGCAAGAGUCUUUCUUUUGAUGUGGAAACCUUCUGGCUGCCUCUGACCUGGAAUCCUGCAUAUGUACUUUUUACAGAUUAAAAAUAAUAUUGUAUAUAAAAAAAAAAACGAAAAAAAGAUUGAAUAAAGAAUGUCUUUAAGUGAAAAA